AUGAUGCUCAGAUUGGGCGUGCUGGCGCUUUUGGCCGUUUUUGUUUUUGGGGAAGAGUCGAUCGAGAAGCGAGACUAUGCACCAGCUCUCGAAGCUGAGGAGGCAUUGGGAAAUAUGAGAGCACUGUUCAAUGUGGGCAAAAGGCAAUUGAGUUUGGCCGAUGACACCGAUGCGCAAUGGCAGAUGUACAAGCAGUUGUACAGCGCUGGAAAGAGAAAGCGUUCAUCGCUCGCACCAUCACAACAAUUUUCGAACUAUGCUCGUUUGUUGGAUGCUGGAAAGAAGCGAUCACUCUUCGCGCCAUCACAAGAACUUGGGAUGUACUCCCACCUGAUGGAGGCGGGAAGAAACGCUCUUCACCAUUCGCUCCAUCACAAGAUCUUGGAAUCUAUUCCCGACUUUAUGAGGCCGGCAAAAAACGCAGCUAUU